CAUUCCAAUAGAAAAAGACAGAACUAAUUGGAGUCAUCAAAGACUAUCUAUCAUUCUCUCUACUACAACAACCCAUCUGGGCAUUAUUGGUCUCUCUGCUAAAUCUCUCACGUCAUCAAGUUGGGUGUACGAGAGUGACGACUCUUUGAUUGCUUCGCCACAUCUUUCCUCACUUCGAUAUACACUUAACUUUCAAUCCCCUCCUCCAAGUCAUCUCUCUCUCUCUCUAUCCAAUUACAUUUUAUAAAGACUAUACUGUUCCUGAUUUAUAAGAGUUGAGUAUAUAUAUAGACCAUCUCUGCUUCUUAUCUCUAUCUUGAGAAGAAUGAGAUCUCAAGGGCUUGGACCAGCGACGCCGCCGGAGAUUACUAACGGAAACGGGAACACCGGUUUUGAGUUUCAGAAAGGUGCAAACCGGACACCAAACCACCAACACCGGUCCACCAUCGGAAAACCAGCACCGUCCAAAUGGGACGACGCUCAGAAAUGGCUCUCCGGCGUUGGUUUCGCUCGCGGCGGCGGCGGCGGCGGAGAGAAGAGCCAACACCACCACCACAGCUCGAGGAACUGCAAACCGAGAAACUCGAACGCCGAUGAUCUCAGGCUCAUAGCUUCUGCUUCGCAGAGAGAACGCGAGGGAGAGGAUCAGUACGUCGAGUACGACGACGAAGACGGAGCGGGAAGGCCCGAGGUGGAGACUAAGAACGUGGACUGCGGAGAGACAGGCGGUGGUUCGGUCUGGAGGAAAGAGAGUGUUAUUAAUCCGACGGCUGUGAUUCGUUCGGUGUGUGUGAGGGACAUGGGGACUGAGAUGACUCCCAUCGGUAGCCAAGAGCCUUCUAGAACGGGUACGCCGGUUCGUGCCACGACGCCGGUUGGGAGGAGCCCUGUGACGUCACCGGUGAGAGGUUCUCACGGCGGCGUCGAGGCGGUGAGGACGGAGGCUAGAAGCGGCGUUGCGAGUGAUGAUAAUAAUGAGAAGAUUAGGUUUGGAGUUAAUGAUAAUAAUGAUAAGGCAAUGAAUGCUAUGGAAGCUCGAGCCGUGGCUUGGGAUGAAGCUGAACGAGCUAAAUUCAUGGCUAGGUAUAAGAGAGAGGAAGUGAAGAUACAAGCUUGGGAGAAUCAUGAGAAGAGAAAGGCUGAGAUGGAGAUGAAAAAAAUGGAGGUGAAUGCUGAGAGGAUGAAAGCUAGGGCAGAGGAGAAGUUGGCUAACAAGCUGGCGGCGACAAAGAGGAUAGCGGAGGAGAGGAGGGCAAAUGCGGAGGCGAAGUUGAACGAGAAGGCGGUGAGGACGUCGGAGAGGGCUGAUUAUAUAAGGAGAAGUGGCCACUUGCCUUCUUCUUUCUCCUUUAAGAUUCCCUCUUUCUCUCUAUGUUGGUAGCCAUUGUUUUGUGUGUUUACUUAUUACUCUCAUCAGUAUUGUCUUUAGAAUGUAACCGUGUAUGGAUUUAGUGAUGCAAUAACUAAUGGACAAACGUUAACGGU